UCUUCCUCCUCCUCCUCCUCUUCCUCCUCCUCCUCCUCCUCCAUCAUGCACAGCCUGGCGACGGCGGCGCCCGUCCCCACGGCGCUGGCCCAGGUGGAUCGGGAGAAGAUCUAUCAGUGGAUCAACGAGCUGUCGAGCCCCGAGACCCGGGAGAACGCCCUGCUGGAGCUCAGUAAGAAGCGCGAGUCCGUCCCCGACCUGGCUCCCAUGCUGUGGCACUCGUUCGGAACCAUCGCCGCGCUCCUGCAGGAGAUUGUAAAUAUCUACCCCUCCAUCAACCCGCCGACGCUGACAGCUCACCAGUCCAACCGCGUGUGCAAUGCCUUGGCCCUGCUGCAGUGUGUCGCCUCCCACCCGGAAACCAGGUCUGCGUUCCUCGCCGCCCACAUCCCCCUCUUCCUCUACCCCUUCUUGCACACCGUCAGCAAGACCCGUCCUUUCGAGUACCUGCGCCUCACCAGCCUCGGGGUCAUCGGCGCCCUGGUGAAGACGGACGAACAGGAGGUCAUCAACUUCCUCCUGACCACGGAGAUCAUCCCCCUGUGUCUACGCAUCAUGGAGUCCGGGAGCGAACUGUCCAAGACGGUGGCAACGUUCAUCCUUCAGAAGAUCCUCCUGGACGACACCGGCUUGGCCUACAUCUGUCAGACGUACGAGCGCUUUUCCCACGUGGCGAUGAUUCUGGGCAAGAUGGUCCUGCAGCUGUCCAAGGAGCCGUCCGCCCGCCUGCUCAAGCACGUGGUCCGCUGUUACCUGCGCCUCUCCGACAACCCCAGGGCACGUGAGGCGCUCAGACAGUGCCUCCCCGACCAGCUGAAGGACACCACCUUCGCCCAGGUGCUCAAGGACGACACGACCACCAAGCGCUGGCUCGCCCAGCUGGUGAAGAACCUGCAGGAGGGGCAGGUGACGGACCCCCGCGGCAUCCCCCUCCCGCCUCAGUGACGGGGAGAGCCGCGGGGCGGCGGCCAGGGGAAGCGGCUCGGGUCUCCCGCCCGUCGCGCACGGACCGCCCCGCCGGCGGGCGACCCCCGG